CUCGCUUGUUUCACUCUCGCCUGGCACCUAAUCGCCAUCGCCAACGACAUCAUUCUUCAUUUUCAUUUCCCACAGCAUUUGCACCACUAUUUUCUUUUUUGUAUGGUCUCAUCCUUGGGCGACGCAUAGUUUGGCCGAAUCUCGAGUUCUCCCUUCAAAAUGCGCCUGCCGUUGGCACUCGUCCUCGGCGCGCUGCUUGGAAGUGCCCAGGCAAGUGUUGUAAUCCGACAGGACAACACCGGAUCUUCCACCGCUCCCGGUUCGACCGAUGAAGGAUCUGGCUCGUCUACCUCUGCUCCGCCGUCCUCGACAACCCCUCCCCCGAGCUCGUCUUCCUCCAGCAGCAGCAGCAGCACCCCUGCCGACGACAGCACCACCACCGUCUUCGAGACCGAGACUGUGACGGGCCCUGGCGGCAAGACGGCGACAAGCACCAAGACUCUGACGACGACCAUCACCACCACGAUUGUCACGACGUCGACGGCUUUUACCACGACUACUGUUACGAGCAGCAACGCCGAAACAGCCACCACGACCGUCUUUGAGACCACCACAGUCUUCGAAACGCCCACGGCAGCGCAGAAGCGGGAUUACAGGAUUGCGCCCAGGACGGCAGUUGAUGCUGUUCCCACCGAGGUUGUCGAUGCCGACUACGUGAACCAAUAUCUGGCUCUGCGCGAUUUGGAGGCGCGCGCCAUCGUUACUGAUGUCGUGACGGUGACCGUCGGAGGCGGCAGUGGCACCACCGUUGUCGACACAACCACCAAGACCGUCAGAGAUACCGCAACCUCUCGUACCGUUGUUACCAGCACCAUCACCCAGACGAACCAGGUCAAUGCCAAGACGACAAUUACUACGACUAGUACGUUGACCGUCACCUCGACUGUUGUUACCACCGGCGUCCAGGAGACCUCUACCGCCCCGACAGGCUCUGGUACCGGCGUUCCGGAUGGUAACACCAGCCAUAACAAUGAUAGUUCCGGCCUGUCCACCGGUGCCAAGGCUGGUAUUGGUGUCGGUGUCGGUGUCGGUGGCGCUCUCAUCAUCGGCGCCGCCCUCUUCCUCAUCCUGAGGCGUCGCAACCGCGGUCCCAGCCCUGAUCACGACGACCUGGUUGGCGCUUCCGAGGUGCCGAUCGGCGGCGGCGGCGUUGGCGGCGGAGCUGGUGGCGGUCGCCAGCAGCCCAUGUCGGCUCACACCGCCAACGCAGCAGCUUUCCUGGCCCCCGGCCGCACCCCCGUCAAGCCCGCUCCCGAGGGUUACCGUGGUACUGCUUUGGGCGACGGACGUGCUGGAUAUGCCAAACCAGAGCCGUACGGUUCAGCCUACACCUCUCCUAGCCCAGCAACGACAAUGGCCAACACCGUCAGCCCUGUCUCGUUCGAUAGGACUAAUCUUGCUUCUGCUCAUGCUGAUGCGGCUGAGCUGGGCAACGACAACGUCAACGCCGCGAAAUGGAACAAUCCCGAAGCUUCCGAAAUUGACGGCAAUGCUGUCAUGAGCCACCAGAGCGGGCCUGUCUACGAAAUGCCCACGCAAAACUACCACUAAGAGAAGAACAAAAAAAAAAAGGCAUUGUUGGGGGCUUGAGACUAGAAACUGGACCGGCAAAGGGAUGGCAUGGCUCCCGACUGAUUCGUUGGGAGGACCCAUCC